CCACACUCUCCUCCAACAACACCCAAAAACAAUGACCACAGCAAGGCUAUCCUCCUUGGUGCCGGCAGUGCGCGGCAUCGCAGCCUCGCACGCAUGCUCGUCGCGCGUGCUCCUCCGCACCGCUGCGCCCCGCAUCCCACCGGCCCAUGCCCGCCGGUACGCUUCCACCGCGGCGUCCAUGUCGUCCGCGGCGCCCAACCUGCCCCCUAUCCCCGCGAACCCGACCGUGCGCGUCCUGCCGCCCUCCCUGCAGAAGGUCAAGGACGAGGGCUUCUUCGACGACGACGUCAAGCUCAUACCCGCGACCGACGCAAAGAUCGUCCUCACCCCCGAGGCUAUCCGGCAACUCGCCCUCCUCGCGUCCCGCGAGCCACCAGAUUCCAAGCUCGCCCUCCGUGUCGGCGUCGACUCGGGCGGCUGCCACGGAUACCAGUACACGAUGGACUUGACAGAGGACCGCGGUGUGGACGACUAUGUGUUCCAGGCGGACGGUGUCACCGCCCUCCCCGUGCUCGUCGACCUCAUGUCGCUCGGUCUCCUGAAGGGCGCGACCCUCCACUACGCGACUGAGCUCAUCGGCUCGUCGUUCCGCCUGCAGGACAACCCCCAGGCCAAGGAGGGCGGAAACUGUGGCUGCGGUGUGAGCUGGGAGGCGAAAGAGGAUGUGCAGGUGUAGGCGGGUCGGAAGGACAUGUACGAUGGUGAAUGGCAUUGCACUCUUCAUGGG